AUGUUUGGUGGUCAAAAUACGUUCGGUGGCUUUGGACAACAAAGUCAACCACAAUCAUUAUUUGGAACCCCAACACCAACACCAUUUGGCGGAUUUGGACAAGGAGCAUCAACUUCUACUGGUGGUGUGGGAACAGGUUUUGGUGGAUUUGGGCAACCAGCAGGUUCUUCUAAUUUUUCCUUUGGACAGCAAUCAACUCUUUCGGGUGGUGUGUUUGGGCAAAAUGCAGCAGCCCCUUUUGGUAAUACUGGAUUGGCAUCUUCGGGUAUGACUCCAACUCCAACUCCUAAUGGCACAAUCAAUCCACCAUAUUCAUCAACGAUCGAUAAAGACCCGUCCGGUUCUACGAAUACUUUUCAUAGCAUUACUGCAAUGCCGCAAUAUAGAAACUUUUCGUUUGAGGAGCUUCGAUUAUCAGAUUAUCAGUUAAACCGGAAACCAUCACCUGGGACAGGUUAUGGGGGAAUAAACACACCAUCAUAUGUAGGAACUACGAGUACUGGUGGUGGGUUUGGUAGUUUCGGCACUCAGACCCCGGGUUUUGGUGCUAAAACCACACCAUCUUUUGCAUUUGGUAAUAAUCCCACCCCUACACCAACUGUUGGGUUUGGCGCAACACCAGCUGGGCCCUCAACUCAAUCUAUUUUUGGUGCUCAAAAACCCGCUUUUGGUGCACCUACUGGAGGUUUCGGUAAUACAACACAACCAACAGGUAGCUUCGGAACUGGGUUUGGGGGUAGUAGUAUGUUUGGUGCGACCUCUACUGGAGCACAGCCUAGCUUAUUUGGAGCAAAGACACAACCGACCACAUCUGCCUCUGGCUUUGGUUCAACUUUAGGAGGAGGAUUUAAUACAUCAUCUUUUGGAUUUGGAAAUAAAACUACAACUGCGGCAAGUAAUUUUGGAGCCCCUUCAACAACUCCAGCUUUCGGCGGAUUUGGUGCCACUAGCAAUCCACCGACUUUAAACACUGGUGGAUUUGGAACCUCUAAGCCUGCCUUUGGAUUCAAUCAAACCUCUGGUGGUGUUGGUGCAAAUUUUUUUGGAAACACAGCCACUACUACCAGUAGCAUGUUUAAUAUUGCCCCAUUAACAAAUACUUCAACUACUAGUUUAAGUGGGUUUGGCGCGCUUAAUAAACCUACUAUUCCGACUUUAGGUGGAUCUAGCCUAAAUACUUUACAAACACAAACACCGAGUUUUCUUGGUGGUGCUGGGUCUACUUUGCCCUUUGGAAAUACUAACACCGCAACAGCCUUUGGAAGUACCGGACAAAAUCAAGGAUUGCAGGCCACUGUUAACAGCACUCCCUAUGGAGAAAUAUCUGUGUUUCAGACAACUACACCUACCGUGACUCCGAAUAAACCAUCCGUAGCAGCUACCCCAGUAGCAGCGAGUCCUCUCAAAAAGAAACAUGUCGGAACUCCUAAUUAUAGGUUGACACCAAAACCAAGCUCGAAACUAAAACUUCCUGGGUUUAAUUCGCCUGCUUAUCCAGGUCUUGGAACACCUGAUCCUAAGCCGUUACAUAUAUUUGAAUCAUUGGAUAAAAAAGAAAUACUGAGUCCAGAGGCAUUCACAAAGCGUGUUCCCAGAAAAUUAGUAUUAGAUCGAUCGGUUGAACCGGAGGAGCUAAUGUCCGGUACAAAUUCUCAUAUUGGAUCUCCACAAAAUGAUCAUACUCCUGUUAGACAAAAGGUAUCGUUUGAUGCAAAGCUUGAGUCGGGAGCGGAUAAUAUUCAACAUUCGUUUAGCCCUAACAGUAUUAAAUCUAGUAGUAGACAAGUCGAAUUUUCAGAUAACAUAGCAUCUACUCCAUCAAAGACGCCAUCAAAGACACAUAUUAUUGAGGCAGGAGAAUCUUCAAAAAUAGAAGAAAUAUCUACUUCAUUAUCUUCUGAUAAUAACGGUUAUUACUCUGUCCCUUCAAUUAAAGAUCUUCAAAAUAUGGAAGCAGAGGAAUUAAAAGAUGUUGUUGGAUUUAUGGUUGGAAGAACUAAUUUUGGAAAAAUUGAAUUUCAAGAACCAGUAGAUUUCACUGAUAUAGUUUCGCUUGAAGACGUCCCGGGAAAAGUCAUUCGUUUUGAGGAUCAGAGUUGUACCGUUUAUGGUUCAGAGUAUAAUAAACCUCCACCCGGACAUGGACUUAAUAAAAAAGCGGUCAUUACUUUGGACCGCUGUUGGGCCUUAGACAAAAGCGAUCGUCGUCCAAUCAAAGAUCCGGAGGAUUAUCGUUAUAGGCAACGAAUGGAAAGGUUGAAAAAUGUUGCUGACACUAAAUACAUUACUUUUCUUCCGGAGACUGGUAGUUGGGUCUUUCAAGUGGAGCAUUUUACCACUUAUGGUCUUAUUUUUGAUGACCCAGAAGACCAAUACGAAGAAAAGCAGUAUCAACCUUUUGAAGUUCCUUUUAUUCAUAUGACUGAAGCUAAACCUCUACCACAAUCUCGAAAAGGGAAGGAAAAGGAAUAUGAUGAUGAUAAACUCAAGCCAGUUGCAAAUUUUCCAGAAAGUCUUGGUCAAGACCCAGAUGAUAUUGAUGAAAUGCAAAAUAUUUUAUUUAACGAUUCAAACGAAGAGGAUUACAUGCAAAUGGAUAUCGCAGGGGAUAGUAUGAUCGAAGAGUUUGAUGAUUCACAUAAACGAAGCUUGGAAAGUUAUGAAAAUGAUGAGUACAUAAAAGAUGAAAAUCGUUCUUCCGUUGUGGAGCCCCGUCAGUCAUUUGUCAAGACUCCUCGCAUUCCCCGUGAAGAUGUAAUUAUCAGAUUGCCAAGCAAAUACCGCAAGAUUGUUGAUUAUGCAGAAUCAAUUGUUUUUGGUAAAGAAGAUUGUAAGGAAGAUCUUGGACUUAUGUUGGGUAGAUCUUUCAGAGUGGGAUGGGGACCCAACGGAAUAUUGGUUCGUUGUAGUAAGGUGUGCGGUAUUUCGAAUAUAAUAUCUGCGUUUUCUCCUAAGAACAAGAACACGGGAUUAAGUAAGAACACUGGAAUGCCAACGAUAAUUCAGUUCAAAAAAAUUAGAUUGUUUGCCGAUGCAGAAGAUAAAGAAAAGGUGCGGCAUGAUAAUUCAAUGAAAUUUAUUUUCAAAAAUUCGACAUUUGGGCAAGAAGAUGGUAUACCGCAUGUUGAUAUUUCCGAGAUCAACUUUGAGAACUUGCUAAAGUCAUUUGAAAGUGGAACGAUUUCCAGACACGAGACUUUAAUUUGGAAGCUUGGUCAAGCUCUGUGGGAUGAUAUUGUAAUUCCAGGGUUCGAUCAAAAUGAUUCUGAAGAAUUCGAUAAAAUAAUUGAGGAACAUCGAAAAGAACGAAUAUCGACAUGGUUUAAAGAGGCCGUUUCAAUACAGGCAACGGCUCAUAUCAAAC